GGCACAUUGGUAGCGACACCAGCCCACAAACACUGACCCUGCCUCGCGUAUCGCAAAGUGGAGUUACACGACCGAGCUUCCUCAAGUGGACAAGGUUUGGUCUCGUCGAGUUCUAAACGGUUUCUGGUCGCGACAGACCCGCGCUGCAGCAGCACUACGCGUGGUAAUAUCAUAAUUUUGCUAUCGCCUUGGUUUGAGGCGUCGAGGGCCGCCUGAGGGUUGACAGCGCGGCGCGUCCGCAAGGAUGGUGCGGACUAUGAUGACGGCACGUAAACCACACAAACCGUAUAAAUCGUCAAAAUCGAGCGUCAGGGAUGGAGGUGUGGCGAAACGGGCAUCAGGGGCUCCGACGCCCGCACGCAGCGUAGCCGGGGGCGAUAAGAAGACGGAACCAAAGGCCGUGACGGCGCCCACGCCGGCGCCCGCUGCUGCAAAGAAGACUCCGGCGGCUGCGGCUGCGAAGGGCGGCAAGCCGACGCCCAAGCAGCAGCCGGCGGGCGGCAAGGCGGCGACAGGCGGCAAGCACGCACCGCCCUCCACAACGCCUGCGGGGAAGCGAGGCCGCGGCCGGCCACCCGCCUCAGCGGCGGCUGGCACUGCUGGUGCCGUCGCGCCGGCCAGCGCCGGUCGCACCCGUGCGCAGCCCACUCCCGCCGCCGCCACCAAAGCAGCAGCAGCAGCAACAGCUUCCGCGGCGGUGGCAGCCAAGCGCGGGCCCGGCCGCCCACGCAAGGACUCCGGUGCCGCGGCGGCCGCCGCCAGCGGCCGCGGCCGGCCGCGGCGCCCGGCCGCGCCGCGGCGCAGCUACGGCGAUGACGACGGAGACGACGCCGACGUGGACGAUGACGACGACGAAGAUGAUGAGGCGAACGCUGACGCCGACGUCGACAACAGUGACGACGAGUGGACGCUGGCGGCGGAGGGACCGCGCUCGCCGGCCGGCGGCGCCGCGGCGGCGGCCCGGGCAGCCGCCGCCGCCGCCGCCGGAGCAGGCAGCCGCAAGUCGGGCCGCCCGCGCAAGCAGAACCCGCUGGUGGUGGAGCUGCUGCAGAGCGAGGCCGCGGCGCUGGUGGGCCGCGGCCCUGCGGCCGCCUCGCGGCGCGGCGGCGCCGCCGGCGGCGCAGCCGCCGCCCCCGCCGCCGCAGGCGGCCGCAGGGCCGCCGCCGCCUCCGGCGGCGGCGGCGGUGGCGGCGGCAGCACGGGGCCGGUGCGCCGCUCCGCGCGCCCGCCCAAGCGGCGCAACAUGCUGAAGGAGGAGUACGUGCAGUUCCUGGAGAGCGACGAGGACAGUGACAUGUCGCCCAGCGAGUUGGCGGAGGCGAUGCGGGAGGCGCGCGGCCAGCCGGCGCUGCUGGCGGCGCUGCAGCAGCAGCUGCUGCGAUCCCGCGGCGGCGGUGGUGCCGGCGGCGGCGGUGGUGGUGGUGGUGGUGGCUCGGCGCACCUAGACACGGAGGAGCCCAGCCGCCUGGCCAGUGAGCUGGAGGCCGGCGGCGGCGGAGGAGGCGGAGACGUGGCGAGUCCGGGGCACAAGCGCCGCGGGCCGGGGCGCCCGCGCAAGGCGCAGCUGGCGCUGCAGGGCCGCGCCAUGCGCAUCCACCCCGCGCCGCCGGUGGCCAGCGGCGGCGCCACCACCGCCACCACCACAAGCGCCGGGGCCGGGGCCGGGGCCGGUGCGCCGGCCAAGAAGCGCGGCCGGCCGCCCAAGCAGCCGCAGCCCAAGCAGCCGGUGCCGUCGGCGCCGCCGGUUGCGGUGCACGCCUUCCCAGAGGCGCCCAUCGGCAAGCCGCGCGGCCGGCCGCCCAAGAAGCCGCGCACCGCCGGCGAGCUUGCGGCGGCGGCGGCGGCGCCCGCGCCCGCAUCCAGCUCCUCCCCCGCGCCCGCCGCCACGGCGCGUGCGUCCUCGGGCGGCGGCGCUGGCGGCGGCGCCGGACGGGCCGGCUCCCGCCUGCACGAGGCCGCGUCGCCCGCAGCGGCCAGCAAGGCCGCGGCGGUGGCGAAGGGCAAGGGCAAGGCGCCCACAGCCAAGGCCAAGCCUUCCGCAGCCAAGCCGGUGGCGGCUGCGGCGGCUGCGGCUCGCAGUCCGGCCAAGCCGCGCAAGAGCUCGGCGCCAGAGAAGGCCGUGCCGCUACCCAAGGCCGCGGCGCCCAAGGCCGGGCCCAAGGGCAAGGCGGCGGAGCCCAAGAGCGCUGCCAAGCCAGCCCCGGCAUCGGCAUCGGCGGCGGCCAAGGGCAAGACGCCGACGCGGGCAACGCCCGCCGCCGUCAAGGCUCUUAAGUCACCAGCGACAGGCAAAGCUGCCGGGCGGAUUAGCGCGCGGCGUAGCAGCGUCAGCGCAGCAGGUGCGGCGGCCGGCCGCUCUCGCCGCAAGUAAGGAGGAGCCGGGGACGGGAAGCCGCCACCUGCGCCUCCGCUGCAGCCGCCACUUGCGUGCUGCAGCCGCGGCAGCAGACUGGCGGCUUGAGAGCCAAGUGACGUGUUUGCGUGUCUUCGUGUGUAUGCGUGAAUGAGUGCGUUUGUGUGUUCGUGUUUGUGCGACAUGUGACGUUUCCUCUGGAGCUGUGGAACUGUGGGGCCGGGUUGGGCUGUGUGGCGUGUGCGGCGUGUGCGGCGUGUGCGGCGUGUGCGGCGUGUGCGGCGCCGUGCAACACGCGCGCCCGCCCACGGCAGCCCCACCGUGGACUGACCUCUGCCCCACUAAGCCGGGCUGAGGGUCGGCUGCCGCCUGGUGAUGACGACUGUGACGAUUAUGAUUGAUGUUGACCUAGUGUGACGGCAGCUGAAUGCCCGGAUUACAUAAUUGUUGUACACGUGCGUGGAUGCCUCGAUGAGGCCUGGGCGCCUGCGUUGUGACCCGUCACCGCAGCGCACCUUACUCUGUUCCACGUGUUGGUGGCUUUGGACUUAUUGUUGGACUAAAACGGAACAAAGACGGAACAAAAGAUUGCGUUGCUUACGAAAGGGACCUGCGUGUGUUGAACGUCCAUGGGGAAAGGCUGUGCACUGUGCCAAGCUGACUGACCACCUCAUGAAGCCUCGAAGUCUCAAGGCGCUGCUGCCGCCCACUGCUGUAGCAACAAUGAACAUGACCUGCUGGGUUGUGCAGCCAUAGCCACAAGGGUUAGGAACUAAGGGUGCAUAGGGGUUGUAACUGACAACCAUU